UCCAUCUUUGAGGACAUGUAUUACCAUUGUUAGAGUGGUCACUUGAAUAUCUUGUCAACAUAAAGGACAAUCUUCGUUGUGAAUUAAAUGUACAAAUAUGGCGGAGGCUUCCUUUGGAAGUACAAGCCCAGUUGGCUCUCUGUCUUCAGAAGAUCAUGACUUUGAUCCGACAGCAGAGAUGUUGGUCCAUGACUAUGAUGAUGAGCAAACUUUGGAGGACGAGGAGAUGCAGGAGGAAGGGACAAGCGUCAGCGCUGAAAUAGCAGAUUUGGAGAAGGAGGGCAACAUGCCACUGGAGGAGCUGCUGGCUAUGUAUAGAUACGAAGCAUCAAUUGGCACCGCUGGAGGGUCCAGUGUGGGCGGCUCUUCUGUUGAACUUACGGACGAGCUACCUGAUAUGACAUUAGAUAAAGAAGAAAUAGCAAAAGAUCUUCUGUCAGGUGACGAUGAAGAAACGCAGUCCUCAGCUGAUGACCUCACACCCUCGGUGACAUCCCAUGAAACCAGUGAUUUCUUCCCCAGAACACUACGUUCUAAUGCUAUUUACGAUGGAGACAAGGAAUCGGAGGGUGAGGAAGAUGGUGUGUGUCCUGAGGACACCAGGAAGGAAAUCAUGGUCGGGUCCCAGUAUCAAGCUGAAAUCCCUGCCCUUGUCUCUUACUACGAUGCCAAUGAAAAAGUGUAUGAGAAUGAAGACCAGUUGCUGUGGCAACCCGAUGCCCUGCCGGAGCAGACGGUGAAAGACUUCCUGCAUGACACUUCCGCCCUAGUAGUUAAUGGGAAGGCCUUGUAUGAGCUUGUGAAGUGUAACUACACCGUCCAUGAUGCACUGGAGCGUUAUCGCCGGAGUGAAAAGUCCUCUGAGGGUGAAAUGCCUCCCUGGUCAGAAGAAGAAUGCAGAAACUUUGAACUUGCGCUCCUCCUUUAUGAGAAGAACUUUCACCUCAUCCAGAAACAUAAGGUGAAUACAAGGACAGUCGCUGAAUGUGUCGCCUUCUACUACAUGUGGAAAAAGUCGGAACGAUUUGACUUCUUUGUCCAACAGAACCGGUUUGGGAAAAAGAAGUAUAGCAGCUACCCUGGUGUAACGGAUCUGAUGGACAGGCUGGUGGAUGAGGCUGAAGGCUUGGUGGUAGACGGGUCGGCCUCUGUGUGCUCCAGUAGCAGUGGAGGAGGUCGGAUGGAGUACUCUGCAGAGCACCAGCUCAACCUCCUUAACUCUAUCACGGCCAGCGACCUCUCUGCGUUGACCAGCAGUGUGGCGUCUGUAUGUAACCCGUCUGACGUGGGCUGCCUGGAGUCCUACGACUUUCCUACGUUAGAGGGCCUCCACCGGGGCUCCCUGAGCCAUGACGAGUCCCUGGGAUUCAUCCCCAAUGGCGCAGGAGACCCCGACUGCAUCAACCUGCUGGACGCCGGCUUCUACCACUCCGACCUGGGCCAGUUGGCCUCCUGCACGGACGACUACGACAGACCCACCUCCAAGCGCCUCAAAAUGAGCUUGCCCGAGGCCACUGUAGAAAAUCUGGGCCUGGAUUCUGAGGCACGCCCGCAUCCUAUCACGAGCAGCAAGAUGGCAGUGUCGGUGACAGACUUUGGCAGCCUAGUGACCGACGAGGCCAACGGCUACAUUGGAACACGACCAUGCACACACAAGACACCGGUACCAACCGCACACAGCCCUACAGUCGAAGUGAAUGGUUGCUAGGUAACCGUGUGAGAACGGCUGCGCCACGUCACACCACUUCUCCCUCCCUACUUUAUGAUGGAGCCCACCAUCAUCUGUGUACAUAUUUGUUCAUUGGAGAUUAUAUUUAUUGUGUGUGUGUGUACAUAUGUAUAUAUACAUUUGUGUGUGCGUGUGUAUAUAUAUAUAUAUGUAUAUAUAUAUAUACAUGUAUGUAUGUAUGUAUGUAUGUAUGUAUGAGUGUACAAAACAUUAAGAAUGCUUCCUAAUAUUGAGUUGCACCCCCUUUUGCCCUCAGAACAGACUCAAUUCUUCAGGGCAUGGACUCUACAAGGUGUCGAACGCAUUCCACAGGGAUCCUGACAGUUGUGUCAAGUUGGCUGGAUGUCCUUUGGGUGGUGGACCAUUCUUGAUACACACUGGAAACUGUUGAGCUUGAAAAACGUAGCAGUGUUGCAGUUCUUGACACACUGAAACCCGUGCACAUGGCAGCUACUACCAUACCCCGUUCAAAGGCACUUAAAUAUUUUGUCUUGCACAUUCACUGUCUGAAUGGCACACAUGCACAAUCCAUGUCUCGAGGCUCUCCUCCCUUUAAUCUACACUGAUUUUGAAGUGGAUUUAACAGGUGACAUCAAUAAGGGAAUCAUAGCUUUCACUUGUAUUUACCUGUUCAGUCUGUCAUGGAAAGCGCACGUUCUGUACGCUCAGUUUAUAUGAUAUACAUAUGAUGUUUUUUUAUGACAUCAGUGAUGUCUUCUUUGUACAGCAAAAAAUAAAUAUUGAAUAUAGCCAUUUAUUUUUCCGUCCGGAAUUUUGGGAAAUGCCCAUUUGUGUCCGAAUACUGUGUGAACGGAACUACUGGUGGGAGAUUUGUGCUUUUGGGGGUCUGUUCCACAUCAGUGGAUCCCAUGAGCGUUAUCCUUCAAGUGUUGGCAAAACUCACCACGACAUCUAUGACUAGUUCUCUUCCUCGCUGGUGUAUGAGCAGCAUUCUCUCACCAUUGCUACUUUCCCAGUGUUUACAGGUACCAACGACCUGGCCCUAAAUGUAGCAUUUUGUAAGAGGGUCCCCAGGUUUUGUAUAUUUUUGUACAGAUGUACUACUUGUCAUCCAUGUGCAUAACACUUUUGUGUAAAUGUUUGCCUCUGUAUGUGUAUCCUUUUAUUUAACUAGGCAAGUCCGUUAAGAACACAUUGUUAUUUACAAUGCCUGCCUACCCUGGCCAAACCCAGACGACGCUGGGCCGAUUGUGCGCCGCCAAAUAUACUGUAAAUAAAGAGAUGUAUAUUCUGUUUUA